GAAGCAAAAAAGGAGCAUAUGUUUAUCAUUUAAAUAUGAUUAUAUUCAUGUACCAAAAAUAUGAUUAUAUUACUCACAUCUAGAACUCCCGCGGUUGGUUCGAAACGCAGCAAAGGUUGGAAAGUGACGGCGUUUUGAACUGAAAACAUAGCAAAGUGAGAGAGAGAGGUACAUUGAUUAGGGUUUUUGGGUCUGCAAUAUUGUUCUUCGUACACGAGCUCUCUCAACCCAAGUAGAAUAAUUGUUCAGGUUUGGGCAUAAAGGAGGCUCAAAAAAUGUUUUUCCACAUAGUGCUGGAACGAAAUAUGCAGCUGCACCCACGUUACUUUGGUCGUAAUCUUCGUGAUAAUCUUGUUGCCAAGUUAAUGAAAGAUGUUGAAGGCACAUGCAGCGGUCGACAUGGAUUUGUGGUGGCAGUUACAGGGAUAGAAGACAUUGGAAAAGGGUUAAUUCUUGAUGGUACUGGGUCUGUGACAUUUCCGGUUAAAUACCGAUGUGUUGUCUUCAGACCAUUUAAGGGAGAAGUUUUAGAAGCUGUUGUUACCAUGGUGAACAAGAUGGGAUUUUUUGCUGAAGCUGGACCUGUUCAAAUCUUCGUUUCAAACCAUUUGAUUCCAGAUGAUAUGGAGUUCCAGUCUGGAGAUAUGCCAAAUUACACUACUUCAGAUGCAUCAGUUAAGAUUCAGAAAGAUAGUGAAGUGAGACUUAAGAUAAUUGGGACUCGAGUAGACGCUACUGAAAUUUUCUGCAUCGGUACCAUUAAAGAUGAUUUCUUGGGUGUGAUCAACGACCCUGUAACAAUUUAAAUGCAACUCAAUGUACCCUACAGGACAUGAAUUGUUGCACCUGAAAUCUUUUAGAUAUUAUGUUGGUCUAACUCUAGCUGAAAUUAUCAAUUCGUCAAGAUUUACUUGGUUGAUGUAUCAUUUGUGUUUAGUGUCCUCUUUCCCGAAAAUAUAUGAAUACUACUAGUUAUAACUUUA